UUAAUUCAGGUAUAGUUGUAACUGCUCUUUGUAGAGAUCUUGUAGUAAGUACUGAAGUUUAUUCUUGAAGUCUAGAAGUCAAGAGAAAAUACAAACAAUGAAGGUUUUCAUAACUCUUGCUCUGCUCAUCGUCGCAAUAAAUGCAAGGCCCGAUGGUGACUCCAACGAUGAUUCAAACUCAUCUCCUGUAAAGCAAGCCAUGGUACAGAUUCAAGAAACGAAGCAGGUUGCGAGCGGAUCUCAUAUCACUCAAAUCAGUCAACCAACUCAGGUUGGAAGCCAAAAAAGCAAAGGGAAUGACAACCAGGGGAACAGCAACGGCAAUCAUGAUGGCCAAGGGAACGAUAAUCAGGGAAAUGACAAUCAGGGACAAGGCAAUCAGGGAAAUGGCAAUCAGGGACAUGGCAAUCAAGGAAAUGGCAAUCAGGGACAAGGCAAUCAGGGAAAUGGCAACCAAGGAAAUGGCAAUCAGGGAAAUGGCAAUCAGGGAAAUGGCAAUCAGGACAAUGGCAACCAGGGGGGUGGAGGUGGUCCCCUCGGUGGUCUCACUGGUAUUUUUGGUGGGUUCCUUUAAAUAAAGGGACAGAAGAUAAAUAUAAUCACUACUUAUUAUAUUUAGCACGUAAAAUCUAUUUAGACUAAAAAAGAAGUAAAAAAAAGAAAGAAAAUAUUAAUUAUUGCAGGGCGCCACAGCUACAGUACAAUAACGUCAAAAAUGUAAAACUUA